AUGCUUGUACCUCUGAUGUCCGUUUUAAUCGGUUUUCGAGAGCGCAGAAUCGCUUUUGGUGGUGAUGUGCGUGAAAUGUAUCACCAGCUCAAAAUGAUCGUUCAAGAUAAGCGCUUUUUACGAUUCCUCUUCCGCAAAAACCCUCAAGAUCCUCCAAGUGUCUAUAUCAUGGAUGUUGCCACUUUUGGGUCGACAAGUUCUCCUUGUUCAGCCCAGUUUGUGAAGAACCGGAAUGCGGAGGAGUUCGCCGGAAAAUAUCCGGAAGCAGCGGCGGCAAUGAUACAUCGCCAUUACGUCGACGAUUACUUCGACAGCGUCGAUACUGUUGAAGAAGCCAUAGAUCGAGCGAAGCAGGUGCGGUACAUUCAUCAACGAGGUGGGUUCGAGAUUCGUUCACUUACGUCGGUCCACUUCACCCAGGAUAAAACGACGAUGCAGGAACGCGUGCUGGGAAUUAAGUGGAACCAGGCCGGUGAUGAAUUUUCCUUCUCCACACAGCUUCGUGACGAGCUUCUUCCUUAUUUGCAUGGAGACAAACGACCUACUAAACGAACAGUACUCAGCUGCGUCAUGAGCUUUUUCGAUCCGCUGGGCAUGCUUUCACCAUUCACCAUUCACGGGAAGAUCCUUGUCCAACAUCUAUGGCGAAGCGGCUGUGACUGGGACGAAGAGAUUGGGAGCGACUGCUGGGACAUGUGGAAGCGUUGGAUAGGCUUGUUGUCGGACGUAGAGAAUAUUCGCGUCCCCCGUUGCUAUCUCGGAGACGUUUUAUCUUCUAAGGUCGAAUCGAUUGAACUGCAUGUCUUCACCGAUGCCAGCGAACAUGCAUAUGGAUGUGUCGCGUACUUGCGUGUCGUAGUCGAAGGAGUGGUGCGGUGCAGUCUGGUCAUGUCUCGGUCCAAGGUAGCCCCGCUGAAACGCCAAUCGAUCCCCCGGCUGGAGCUGAUGGCCGGUGUCUUGGGUGCACGGUUGAGUGAAACUAUCUUCACAACGCACACUCUCAAAAUCGACCAGUGUUAUUUCUGGACAGACUCCAGAACCGUGAGCAGUUGGAUCCGCUCGGAUCAGCACAAAUUCAAACAAUUUGUCGCAUUUAGGAUCGGAGAAAUUCUGGAGCUGACACGGGCACCAGAUUGGCGGUGGAUCUCAACAAAGCUCAACAUAGCCGAUGUUUUGACCAAAUGGAGUCGAGACCCGAUUCUGCAAAGCGAUAGUGAAUGGUUCACUGGCCCUUCUUUCCUGUACCAGUCAAAAGAUCAAUGGCCGAUUACCGACACGCAGAUUGAUGAUACGAUCGAGGAAGCAAGAGGGUCUGUAAUGUUUCACGAAGUGAUCACAGACAAAAGAUGUUCCCGGUGGACUACGUUGUUAAGGGGAACAGCAUACGCAUUGCGCUUCAUAAGCAACUGCUUUCGCAGGAAAAAUAGCGUACCGAUCAUCACGACGAAGGCGACAGAGAAGCAACUGCAGCUGAUCAAAGCUCGGCGUUCUUCGGUCCAAAAACCCCUUAGCCAGGAGAAAUUAGCGAAGGCCGAGAUCGUUCUGUGGAAACAAGCGCAGUUCGAUGAGUUUCCAGACGAAAUGAGUAUACUGAUGACGAACCUUGAACUAAAGCCGGGACAGGAACCCGAAAAGAUAGGUAAAUCCAGUAGCAUCUACAAGCUCACACCAAUCCUGGAUCAGGACGGUGUUCUGCGAAUGGGCGGUCGAAUUGAAACGUCGACUGACAUACCGUUCGAUAAGAGAUUUCCCAUCAUCUUACCGCGGAAGCAUGGGCUGACCGGGAAAUUGAUUCAAUUUUAUCAUGCGAACUUCGGACACGCUAAUAAGUAG